AUGAGUACGAUCUGGGAGAAGAGCUUUUGGGUCAACCUGAUGGAUUCCAUGAAGAAUGCGUGGCAGGGGCAGGGUGGCGGUCUGCAAGACGCCUCCAGCACCGUCGGCAACGUCAUCACGGAACAGACGCAGUCGAGCGGACAGAAGAAGGCGGAUGCGGCGAAUAAGAGUCUGACGGAGAUGGCGGGCGGCAAUAAGAGGACUGGACCUACCGUUGGGGGUACUGGUGUCGAUGCUGUGAGCCAGACUACCAACCAGCAGACGGGCUCUGCUGAUCAUCUUGGGAUCGCGAUGAAGAAGUGA